AUCUUCAACGCUUCAGAGCAACAAAACAGAGAGCGACAUAACCCGGAGAGAGAGAGAGAGACAGAGUGAGAGAGAGAGAGAGGAGGCAGAGCUCUAAUGGUUUGGAGGCUCGGGUAUGGCGUGAAGGACGGGUCUCAGAGAGGAACUUGGCCUCUCUGAAUUCCUAGCUCUUCCUUCUUUCACCAACAGUGAAUAGUUUUCAUGGCCGAGAAAGCAAGUUAGCGAGAAAGUGGUAGAAACUGAAGAAAAAUCAUAGGAGCGACUUUCUUUCAGUCAUUAAUGUUCUGGGUCGAGCUCCUUUGAUCAGCUUUUGGAGACUUUAUGCGGGUUUCUGGGUAUUGAUGACAGAAUUUUAGAGUUCCAAUGAUUAGCGGAGGUGGCGAAUGGUUCUGUGGGGAUGUUAAACUGGUUAGAGAAGCUCUCUUGCCUUUUGGCAGUGAAAACUGGUUAUGUUGAUAGUCCUCUCUGAGACAUCAUCCAAUUAGUUGCCAUAGAUCCAAUGUUGCUGCAGGUUCAAUUGUGAUGUAAGCUGCUUAGAGAUGCUUUCUUGAGUUUUGGCUAUGAAAAGUGAUUAUUGAGAUAGCUCUCUCAGAGACACACACAAUACGUGGCUGAGUAGGCUGUCAGUCAAGCUGCUAGAUAUGUCUAAACUGGUUGUUCUGUUGGGUGGCUUGAACUGACCUAAUUUUGACCUUGAAUUUCAGCUGGUAAUCGAACUCUUUACAUGAGGCAGAUCUCCUUUGGCAGCAGAUUCGUGUGACAGAAACUUUGGCUUGAUUGUGGGGCAAAUCUCCUUUGGCAAAAUUUUAGUUAAGUUUUCUUUGGUUGGGUGACUUCCCUUGGCUGUGAGUAUUUGCGGAGAGAAUUUUUGGCUGGGCAGUAAUCAUUUGUCAUCAAUCUACCUGGAACUCCGCCCUUGUAUAGGAAAGCCUCCUGCAAAUAUUGUUCUUAUUCUGAGGAUCUUUACUACUAUCUGUGUGGUAGAUCUUAUCUCACAGUUGCAGCUUGUUGGCUCUUCUGCAUUGAGGAAGUCUCCUUCAGAAGUUUCUUUUAGCGGGAACUUCAGUCCAUUCAUUGGGCAAAUCUCCUUUGGCAUUUGGGGUCGUAACUCGACUCCUGUUAUCCUCCCUUUUAGGGCAAAUCUCCUUUGGCAUCUGUCUCCAAUUUUAGCAUUGGAGACAUCGACACAUUAUCAAAUAUUUUCAUAGAUUGGAAUAUAUAUUAUCUUACAAUUUCUUAUCAUCCUUUUGGAAGCAACUACAUCAACAUAAGCUCAAAUUAGGAGUGACACGGGCGUCCGAUUCUCCAGUUUGUUGAAAAAGUGAAGAUUAGCUGAGGAAUUUUGGCAAACAGCACCUGAACAUAUAAUUCUGAUACCAUAUCUUUUUGCAGCAGAGGCAUCUGAAUGAUGGACACUUUCCUUAGCGACUCUGACUGGGAGAGUGCUAGUGAGAGUGGUAGCAGUGAGGAUCGAGAGGAAACUGAAUACUUGUAUGUUGGGCAGGCUAGGAGCAUUUUGUCAAGUCUCGAGGAGAGCAUUGGAAAAAUUGAUGAUUUUCUCUCAUUUGAGAGGGGAUUUGUACUUGGGGAUUUGGUGUGCUCCGAAACAGACACAGCUGGGCAGAUGGGAAGGGUCGUUGGCAUUGAUAUGUUGGUAGAUUUAGAAAGUGCUCAGGGAAAAAUAAUGAAAAAUGUAAAUUCCAAGAAACUUUUAAAGAUCCGCUCCAUCUCAGUUGGAGAUUAUGUGAUUUGUGGGCCUUGGCUUGGAAUGGUGGACAAAGUGGUUGACAAAGUCACUGUUGUCUUUGAUGAUGGAUCAAAGCGCGAAGUCACUGCCAUGGAUCAAGAGAAUCUAUUGCCAAUUUCUCCCAAUAUGCUGGAAGACUCACAGUACCCAUAUUAUCCAGGACAGAGAGUGCGGGUUAGGCUCUCAGAGGUUACUAAAUCAGCUAGACGAUUUUGUGGCACUUGGAGGCAAAAUCAAGAUGAAGGAACUGUUUGUGCUGUGGAAGCAGGUUUGGUGUCUGUGGAAUGGUUUGCAUCUGUUCCCGUGGGUUGUGAUUUGAGUCUGCCUAUACCACCACGUUUGCAGGAUUCAAGAAACUUGACUUUGUUGUCAUGUUUUUCACAUGCAAAUUGGCAGCUUGGUGACUGGUGUAUGCUUCCAAGUGCUGACAGCAAGGGUGUGAUGGAGCAGACUUUUCUUAAUGCAUCUACUGGAAAACUCAUUAAUGAGAACUUGACAAGAGGAUUUAAGAGAAGCCAUACUUCAAAUUUAGAGGAACUGUUUGUUAUUGUGAAGACAAAGACUAAAGUUGAUGUCAUGUGGCAGGAUGGCAGUUGCUCUUUUGGACUUGAUUCACAAAAUUUAUGCCCUGUGAGUGUUGUAAACAUUUAUGAAUUCUUGCCUGAACAGUUUGUGUUGGAAAAAGGAACUUGUGAUGAUCCACUCAUUUCUAGCAGCCAGAGAUGGGGUGUUGUGCGGUCUGUGGAUGCAAAGGAACGAACUGUAAAUGUACAGUGGACAACUCUUGCUAUGUCUGAAGCCAAUAAUUUGGAUGGAAGCAGCAUAGAGGAAACUUUGAGUGCAUAUGAAUUGGUUGAGCACCCUGAGUUUUCAUAUUGCUUGGGUGAUGUUGUGUUUAGGCUAGUUCAGAACCAGUUUGGUGAUCCAGCUAAUAAAGAUCAUGUAAACUCAGAAACUGGCAUGGGUGAGGAGGCCACUUUGAAAGGCGAGUACUGCACCAAGGAUCAGACUCAGUAUCCCAAUAACUCUUAUCUCUCAUGUAUUGGCAAUGUUACCGGCUUUGAAGAUGGUGCUGUGGAGGUGAGAUGGGCUACUGGUUUUGCAACCAAGGUUGCACCUUAUGAGAUAUUUCGGGUUGAUAAAUCUGAAGGUUCAAGUGCAACCCAUGUGCUCUUUGAAGAAAAUGUUGAGGAAACGAAUCAAGAGAUGAUUGAACAUGACAAACAAUCGUACAAUCAAAAAGGAAAGGAUUUGUUCGAUUCUGACCGUGCUGGUGAAAAUUGCAAAAAGCAUUCAUGGGAGUCUAGUUCCUUUUUUCUUCCACAAGCUGCGUUUGGAUUUUUAAUGAGCAUAGCCACAAACCUAUUUGGAUCUGUUGGUUCAACUUCACUUCCAUGCCCAGUUGUAUCUAGCCUUAUUUCUGAAGAUGGAGAUGAAGCUGGGAUUCUUCCUGAGGAAGAUGUAUUGGAAAGUUGUGAUCUGUUACAGACGUUUAGAAAGACAAGUUUAGAUCAUGAAGUGAAAGAGACCCUAGAUAAUGAAUCUAUUCCGUUUUCAGCAACCACUGAGAACUCUCAUCAGUUUAUGCAGUUUGAUAUGGUUGGUGAUUGCUCAGACCAUCACUUUCUUAAUGCUGGUAAAGGAUUGGCAUUGUCUCAGGCGAAAAGAAGUUGGUUUAAGAAGGUUCAGCAAGAAUGGAGCAUUCUAGAGAAAAAUCUUCCUGAAACAAUCUAUGUCCGUGUCUUUGACGAAAGGAUGGAUCUACUGCGGGCAGUUAUUGUUGGUGCACCUGGAACUCCAUAUCAUGAUGGGCUUUUCUUCUUCGAUAUCUUGCUUCCUCUGGAGUACCCAUAUGAACCACCUAUGGUGCACUACAAUUCUGGUGGGCUCCGUGUCAACCCUAACUUGUAUGAAUCUGGAAAGGUCUGUCUCAGUCUUCUCAAUACAUGGACGGGUACAGGCUCUGAAGUAUGGAAUCCAGAGAGCUCAACUAUUCUUCAGGUUCUUCUCUCCCUCCAGGCCCUUGUGCUCAAUGAGAAGCCUUAUUUCAAUGAGGCUGGAUAUGAUAAGCAGAUCGGAAGAGCCGAGGGAGAGAAAAACUCAGUAAGCUACAAUGAAAAUGCAUUCCUUGUCACCUGCAAGUCCAUGCUAUACCUACUUCGGAAGCCACCUAAGCACUUUGAAGCACUAGUGGAGGACCACUUCAAGCGACGCUCCCAACAUAUUCUAAUGGCUUGUAAGGCAUAUAUGGAAGGAGCACCAGUGGGGUGUGCCUUUGGAUGCGGAAAAACCGACAACGUCGAAAAUUUAACGGGGAAUUCUACCGGAUUCAAAAUCAUGCUUGCUAAGCUCUUGCCAAAGCUUGUCGAGGCAUUUGCCGACAGGGGCAUGGACUACAGCCAGUUUAUUGAGCCUGCAAAAUGAAUUUGCUACAAACUCCAGGGGCUAUAGAAUUGCCUUACCAAGACAUCACUAUCAUGUAUAUAAAUAUGUAUAAUACCAAUAUGUGCUUGGCAAAAGCUUGGCCAUGUUUCCCUAGUUAUGGUUGUUGUGUGUGCAGUGGAAACUGUCUGAAUAAGGCUUUGUGUUGUAUCUGUACUAUAUUGUGGUUUGCAGACUCUUUGAAGCUAUGAAAUAAGAAGCCAUGGUUGGACUGGUGUGUUUGAUAAAUUAUAAU